AGUUCGAGAGCUUAUUUGGUAUUAAAACUGCCAAAAAACAGAACUUGAUGAGGAGGGAGAGAUAGAGAGCCGCCUCAGAUCGACUCGACGGGUGUCUGAUUCUUGAGCCGAGCGACCCACUACUUGUGCUCUCUACAUUAUGUUCCGCCACGCAGCUACUCGCUUAUGGAACCGAUCAGCCUCUUCCGCCAGAGCGUCGCGGCAGUUCUCCUCGCCGUCGGCCGACGAAGCCUUUGUAUCCGCCUGGAGAAGGGUGGUUCCGACCGUUGAUCCUCCCAAGACUCCCCUCUCCUUCAUGAAAUUUCGGCCGCCAACCUCAUCCGCUACCCCGUCCAAGCUCAAAAUCAACUUCAUUCUUCCAUAUGCUUCCGAGUUCUCUAACAACGAAGUUGACAUGGUUAUUGUAUCAACGACAACGGGGGAGUUGGGUAUCCUCCCAGGACAUGUAGCCACAAUUGCUGAGCUAAAGCCCGGAGUAAUGUCAGUGCAUGAAGGAAAUGAUGUGAUGAAAUAUUUUGUUAGCGGUGGGUUUGCAUUUGUGCAUUCAAACUCUGUUACAGAUAUCAUGGCUCUCGAGGCAGUUCCCAUUGAAAAAAUUGAUCCAGACAUAGUGGAGAAAGGGCUUGCAGAGUUGAAACAGAAGCUUAGCUCUGCAUCUACCGAGUUGCAAAAAGCUGAAGCACAAAUCGGUGUUGAUGUGCUAACUGCGCUUAAUUUUGCCGUUAUGGGUGGCUAGGCUGUGUUGGUUUUUAAAAUACUACGUACGUUCUUUCUUUGAAAAAUCAGUACAUUUUUAGCCGAUUUACACUUAACACCAAACAGGCCCUAAGGCCUAAGUAGGUAGGUUCUUGUUACCUCUGGAGGUUUUGGAAUGAUAAACAGCUUCCUUUUGUGUUAUGUAACCUUCGGAAACUGUGUAGCGAAGAGAUCUUGUAAAGAUGUACUACGUAUCAACUAUCAAUCAUUAAAAAAUGAAUUGAAGUGAUUUGUGUUCAAUU